AUGACAGUAUCAACGCAGAUCCGUCGAAUUGCCGUCGUCGGUGCUGGUCCAUCUGGUCUGGCGGCGGUGAAGUACCUCCUCGCAGAGAAAUGUUUCGACAAAAUCGAUGUGUUUGAGCAGCGGAGUUCGGCCGGUGGAGUCUGGAGCUAUUCCCCUGGAGCAUUAAAACAGGGUCUAUCGCUGCCAGUGCCGCAACUCAAUCCGAACGAACCGCUCGAGGAACCUAUCUGGAGCUCUGCAGGAGAGCCGGUUUUUGUCUCUCCUAUUUAUAGCACCCUGGAUACCAACCUUCCAAAGGAACUAAUGGCUUACAGCGACAAGCCAUUCCCGGCUGAUUGCCAGGUUUUGCCCAGGCAUACAGUCGUGAAGAAGUACCUGGAUGAGUAUGCAGAGAACGUGAAAGAGUUUGUUCGGUUCGAAACCCAAGUUGUGGACGUGAGACGCAGUGGACCAGGAGCGAAUCGCUGGGUUCUGAGAGCCAAGAACUUGCGCACGGGAGUCGACAGCACGAAUGCUUACGAUGCUGUCGUCGUCGCCAGCGGACAUUUCAAUGUCCCCUACACCCCUGAUAUCCCUGGGAUCAAGGAUUGGAAUAAGACCUAUCCGGGAGUCAUUUCUCACUCCAAGCUAUUUGACUCGCCGGAAGCUUUUCGGGACAAGAAAACGAUUGUCGUUGGAAGCUCCGCAUCGGGGAUUGACAUCGGUAGCCAGAUCAGCGCAGUGAGCAAAGGCAAACUGCUGGCUUCUCAGAGGUCCGAGUCCUUCCUGGCGCCUUCGACUGCCACAGACAAGGAGUAUUUCCCCGAAAUCGUAGAGUUCCUACCGCCAACUCAAUCUACAAGGGCCGUACGGUUUGCCGAUGGUCGGGUCGAAGCAGAGAUCGAUGCAAUCGUCUUCUGCACCGGCUACCUUUACUCGUUCCCUUUCCUAUCGUCCCUGGAUCCUCCGAUCAUUACCGAUGGUCGCAGAACAUUAAACACCUAUCAACAUCUCUUCUAUAUACACGAUCCCACGUUGGUGCUCCCUGUCUUGCCACAGAGAGUCGUACCAUUUCCGCUGUCGGAGAACCAGGCCGCUGUUUUCGCCCGGGUCUGGUCCGGACGGCUCACUCUGCCAUCUCUAUCCGAAAUGAAAGAGUGGGAGGAUUCGACCGUGGCGAAAAAGGGUAAUGGGACAACAUUCCAUCUGUUACCGUUCCCGCAGGAUGCGGAGUACAUGAACUUCCUCUAUGAAUGGGCCGCGCAGGCUGUAGCCCAUCCUGGAGUGGGGGAUAUUGGAAACGGGAAACGAGGCAACUAUUGGGGAGAAAAGGAGAAGUGGAUGCGACAGUAUUUCCCCGAGAUUCGAAGGGCGUUUCUCCAAAUGGGCAAGGCCAAAAAAAACAUCCACAGCGUCAAACAACUUGGAAGGGAUUUUGAAACUAGAUGA